AUGAAGUCUCUCAGUUUACUUUGUGCUCUGGCAACCAGCACCAUGGCAGUUCCAAUGGCUCAUGAUUAUCAAUUACAUGAGCGUCGUGAGUUCAUGCCAAAAUUUUGGGCUGAAGGCAAGAAGCUCGAUGGAAAUGUGUCGCUACCUGUGCGAAUCGGGUUGACCCAGUCUAACCUAGACUAUGGCCAUGAGCUUCUUAUGAACUUGUCUAACCCCUCCUCAAGCCGCUACGGGCAGCAUCUGUCCAUCGAUGAAGUACAUGACCUGUUUGCCCCGACUGAAAAGAGUGUGAAUGAUGUACGUACCUGGCUGGAGUCGGCUGGUAUCCAAGAAGACCGUAUCACGCAGUCAGUCAACAAGCAAUGGAUCCAGUUUGACGCCGAUGCCGAGGAGCUCGAGGAGUUGCUGCACACAAAGUACUAUGUCUACUCACAUGCUGAAACGAGUCAAUCACACGUGGCAUGUCGCGAAUAUCAUCUCCCGAGCACUAUCCGGGGGCAUGUCGACUAUAUCACCCCAGGAAUCUCUCUGCGGGAGGUUAUUGGUGUGCGAAACUCGACCGAUAAGCGGAAACGCUUCGCUGACGGAAUUCCUCCUAUUAUUGAGCCGAUCCCACUGCCGAUUGAGAUGCUGUCGAGCAAGGCUUCGGCCUUUUGCGCCCAAGCCAUCACACCCCAAUGUAUUCAACAGAUGUAUAAUAUCAGCGAGGGGCACUCUGCCACAGUAGGAAAUGAACUGGGGAUCUUUGAGGGCAUCGGAGAUGUUUACGCUCAGCAAGAUCUAAACUUAUUCUUCUCGAGGUUGUACUCGAGAAUCCCCAAUGGCACACACCCAACUCUGAAAUCAGUUGAUGGUGGUCAGGCUCCUACAAACAUCUUCAAUGCCGGAGCUGAAUCCGACCUUGACUUCCAAAUUUCCUACCCGAUUAUCUGGCCACAGAACUCCAUUCUUUUCCAAAGUGAUGAUAUGUAUUACGAGCGUCAUUAUAGGUUCCAAGGGUUCCUUAAUACAUUCUUGGAUGCCAUUGACGGCUCGUACUGCAGCAGCAUCUCACCUUUGGAUCCUCCGUACCCCGAUCCGAAUGACGGAGGCUAUAAGGGUUCACUGCAAUGUGGUGUGUACGACCCACCCAAGGUCCUCUCAAUUUCCUAUGGCUCCGCCGAGGCAGACUUACCCAUUUCCUAUCAGCGGCGACAAUGUGCCGAGUUCAUGAAGCUAGGUAUAAUGGGAGUUUCAGUUGUCGUGGCUUCGGGCGAUUCUGGUGUGGCGGGACGUGGAGGCGACCCUACCCCCAGCAACUGCCUUGGCCCCGAUGGAAGAAUUUUUACUCCAGAUUUCCCUGCCUCAUGUCCAUAUCUUACUGCGGUAGGGGGUACUGAAAUCCCCACCGGUUCCUCACCAGAAGAUCAUCAGGAGCAAGGCGUGACUAGGUUCCCGUCAGGGGGCGGUUUCAGCAACAUUUAUAAGGCGCCUGAAUAUCAGACCCAGGCUGUUGCGGAUUACUUUGCCUUGGCGAGGCCCUCAUACCCAUACUAUGAGAGCGUGGACAACAGCAGUUUUGGUGAGAAUGAUGGGAUCUACAACCGGAUUGGACGUGCUUAUCCAGAUGUAGCUGCAAUUGGUGACAAUGUCAUUAUUUAUAACAGGGGAAUGGCUGUGUCGAUUGGUGGGACAUCGGCCUCUGCCCCUGUCUUUGCUGGAAUUCUCACCCGCAUUAACGAGGAGCGAUUGGCCGCUGGCAAGUCCACUGUGGGCUUUGUCAACCCUGUAUUGUACGCUCAUCCGGAGGCUUUUUUUGACGUGACCAAGGGCACAAAUGCGGGUUGCAGGACUGACGGAUUCUCUGCGGCUCAAGGGUGGGAUCCAGUGACCGGAUUGGGGACCCCCAACUAUCCCGAACUUCUGAGGGUUUUCAUGGACCAGACAAGUUGA